CAGCAUUUAAAUUAUCAUUAACUGUACCUUCUGUAUUCAAUGUAGCUGAAGCCGAUAUAGAUAUAGUUGAAGCCGAUGUAGUUGAAGAUUUAAAAGAUGCAGUUGAAGUAAAAAAUGUAGUUGAAGCAGAAGAUGUAGUUGAAGAAGUAGAUGUAGUUGAAAAAGUAGAUGUAGUUGAAUCUAAUUUAGAUGUAGCUAGAUCUGACGUAGAUUUAGUUAAAGCUGAUGUAGUUGAAGAAUAUUUAGUUGAAGAAGAUAAUGAUAUAAUGGAAGUAAAUAUAGAAGAUAUAAUUAGACAAGAAAUAGAAGCUAAAAUUAGUAAAAAUUCAGAAGUAGGAAAUAUAAAAACUAUAAUAAAAGAGGAUAUUGAUGCCGUAGAUGAGGAG